AUGGCCACGAAGUGCGUGUUGGUCCCUUGGCUCGCGCUGCUGGUAGUAGUGUACCCGUGGUGCCUCCUCAUCACUGCCGGUGAAUCGUACGGGCUGUCCUUCCAAGCGGCCGCUCCGCCAGCCACUUGUCUCCACGUGCCACGCCGAGAAGUCCUUCAAGGUUCCAGCGUGUCAGUGCCUUGCGCUGGGGCAGAUCACGACAGCGGCGGUCAGAUCAGAUGGUACAAGGAAGGCAAGCUCGUAUUGCCCGUGCAACAAGGCCCCGUGGCUAUGAACGGCUCCUCGCUCAGGCUGACGCAACUGGGCUCAGCUGACUCCGGUUGCUACCAAUGUUUACGGGACGACGGCCGCUGGAGCUCGUACGCUCUCGAGGUUAUAGGCCCGAUGUCGCCGCCGGAGAUCACCGACUCUGACGGAAAUGCUGUCGGAUCCAAGCUAGGCUCUCUCGUGCAGGGCGAGGCACUGGAGCUGUUUUGCAGCCCACCGCAGGAGUUUCCGAGUGCACGCAUCCGCUGGCAGCUGCAAGACCAGUGGGGCCCCUCGUCUUCGGCCGCGGCCGGCACCACGGUGCUGUUGAGCGGCACGGGGUCGCUGCUGCGCGUCGAGGCCCUGGACCGGCGCCACCACGGACUGAAGCUGCGCUGCACCGCGAGCCGGCCCGUGGCCGGAGCUGCGUCGGCUUCUGUCACGCUGGACGUUUUCCUGGCUCCCGUUCAGGCCCUGCUCGUGCGCCGGGGUCCCCUGGUGGCCGGCGUAACCGCCGAGCUGGAGUGCGUCGCCUGGGGCUCACGUCCCGAGCCGACACUGCGCUGGACGCUGGGCGGCCGUCCGCUGGCCUCGGCCUUCAGCCACUGGGACGGCCGGAACGUGAGCACGGCCACGGUCACGCUGAGACCGACACCGGCGGACCACGGACGCCGCCUGGUGUGCGCCGCCAGUAACCCUAAGACUCCAACCGUCCCGCCCGUGCAGGACUCACGACGACUGGACGUGCACUACGCUCCCGAGGUGCAGCUGGAGACUUGCAAUGCAGCAGCGGGCUGGGCGUGUCUUCGCUGCCGGGUGGACGCCAACCCGCCCCCGCUGCGGCUCACCUGGACACGUGACGGUGAGCCGGUGCGAGACGUGCCCGCGCUGUCCACCGUGCUUCGCUGGCGCCAGAGGCAAGGCCGACUCGAGCACUACGCCUGCGCCGCCGAGAACCCUCUCGGCGCGGCGUCUAGUCGGCCGGUGGGGCUCAUUCUGCUCGAGAAACACGGCAAGGCGACAAUGUCGACGGCCCUUACAGCAGCCCUGCUUCUCCUGCUUGCUCUCCUGCUGUUGCUCGUUGCUUUCUUCUGUAUCCUGGCUUGGAACAGGCGCCGCCUGUGGCUGCAAGGAGUGCGAGGACAGACCAGAGGGCGGCGAAGCGCUGACGUGCUCCACGCGGCGUCGCACAGUGGACCAUUAGCGUCGCUUGAGCGCGGUGACGUGCACAAGCCGUAGACAGGACGUUCAGUUCUACAGGUCGCACACUUCCUUUGCCUGCACCGCAAGAGUGGCAAUCAAAGGAACUCUAUGCUUUCGAUUGGCCAGCCAAUCGGUGGAAUAUGGCCAUGUGUUGGAAGCAUUGCAGCGUGGAACGAAUGGAGAGAAGUGGUUGAACAGAGCUACAUUGAUUUUUCAGGUACUAUUCCGAAAGAAACGGUAAAUGUUUUUGGAUUGAACAAGAAACACGAACUGAAAAACAAAAGAAAAGGUACCUACUGCAUCCGUUGACCAUUAAACAAGUUCUUGUUCGGGGAGGAGUCGGUUGCACAAUAGGUGCCAAGGUAAUAAAUGUAUAUCAUACAUUUCACAUAUAAUAUGCAUUCAUAUGUUGGUCACAAAAGGAAGGCCCUUGUGUUGCCAUGGCGACGCCUCCCCACUAAUUAUGAGUCUGCAAAAUGAAAAAAAAGUCGCUCAGACUCACUCACAAACUAUUUCUAUUGAUCAGGGCUGACUCGGACUCAGAUUUACCAAAAUUCUACUAAGCCGGGCUCACUCGGACUCAAACUCACCAAAAUUGUACUUAGCCGCG